UUUCGCCUUAUCAUACGCACGACUACCGCAUCCGAGUGCAGUGGUUAGGUAUCGCACACUAUACCGACGGGAAAUUAUUAUUAUUAUUAUUAUUAUUAUUAUUUAACAUCGAACAAAAAUGCGUGAAUUCCAAAAUGUUAGUAUGUCAUCAUAAUAAUUAGCGAUUAAUUGCCAAUUAAUUCGCGUGCGAUUUAUAUGCACAUUGAUGGUACAGCAGAAAAACGCACCACUAAUAUUUGAUAAAAAUGCGUUCGGUUGCACUGACAGUAUGGUUUUUUUUAAACGUCGUACUAUUGGGCAUGUGCGGAUACAUUUAUCUACUUUGGCUUCAAUAUUGGCGUCACAUAAGCGUCAAAAACCAACAAACUCAAGAAUUGACUUAUACACAACAACAGCCUUACGUCGAGUAUUAUGACGAAGGCGAUUUCACAACUGCUCAUCAGAAAAACGGAAAUCCAUUAAUGCGGAUUAGUGAAGCGUUUCUAGACAAGUCAGAAAGAAUCAGGUUAUUUAAUUUCAAAAAUAAAAUCAUUGCCCGUCUAAGGCAGGUAAUAAUGAAGGAGAGUAGCAAUUAUGGGUCCGUUAAAAACGAGAACCCUUACAAUGUUCCGUAUAGACCGCAAGCACCGAAUAACGUGAAAAGCGACUGGACGUGUGAUAUGGCUUCCAGCGUGGAGAAAUUUAGAACAUUAGAAAAAAAUGACAUUGAUCAUAUGUUGACCAAAAAUAUUCCGGAUGUGCCACUGUUUGACGAUAAUGAAGUAUUCGGCACAUGUGCAAUCAUAUCCAAUGCGGCUACUCUUCGCAAUUCAAAUCUCGGAUACUUCAUAGACCAACAUGACUUGGUGUUACGGUUCAAUAAUGCUCCAACAAAAGGAUAUGAAAAAGAUGUGGGCUCAAAGACAACAAUACGUAUUUUAAACUCACAAGUUGUCACUAAACCACAAUUCCAAUUUGUAUCAUCGCCAUUAUACAAGCGGCUCAAACUUUUGAUGUGGGAUCCAUCAAAUUACACAUCGUCAAUUAACGAAUGGAUUACGAGCCCCGAACAUAACUUUAUUGACAACUACAUAUCAUUUAGAAAAUCUAAUCCUAGGUCAAACUUUCAUAUUGUUCAUCCACAAUAUCUGUGGCGUCUAUGGGAUUACAUACAAGAUCAUACUACAGCUCAUAUAAGACGCAAUCCUCCAUCUUCAGGAUUUUUAGGAUUAGCAAUGCUGUUGCCGCGAUGCACGGUCGUUAACAUGUUCGAGUUCAUACCGUCUGAAAGAAUGACACACCGAUGUCAUUACUAUCACGAAAAAGUCGACGUGACGUGUACAUUUGGGAUUUGGCAUCCGCUGGCGGCGGAAAAACUCCUGAUGCUAACGGCGAACACCAUGCCCGAUCAAACAGUUUUCCACACAGGGUUCCUCUCAAUCCCCGGUUAUAAGUCUCCGAUAUGUACUUCGUUAUAGUGACUGCUACCUGCGAUAAAUAUGACUUAUUAUUAUGAUCAUAUUUUUUUUUUAUAUUUAUACAUAAUGAGUCUUGUAUUAUAAUGCCCACAACGCGAAUAAUAAUUAUUAUGUAUGAGGUCACGAGGCACCUACCUACCUACUGUCUUGAUUUAGUGUAGCUGCAGUGUGCCUAUUAUAUUAUUAGAGCGCAAUCAUAAUUUGUUAAUAUGAUAGGUAUAUUAUGAUUUAUGACGUAACGAGUACUUAAUAUCAUUAACUGAUCAACUUCGAACUUAUUAUCUCGGAACAAUAUUUAUUAGUAGAUUAGGUAAACAAUACAGCACGAAGUGUCGAAGUCUGACGUUGUAACUUUUUUUUUAUUAUUGUACAGAAACAAAAUAUUACUAUAGGAUUUAUACAUAAUAUUAUUAUACACUUAUAUAGUGAAAAUGACAACAACAUUAUUUUAUAUUUUCUUCGGAUUUUAUACUAUUAUAACAAUGAUUAUGGCUAAUUUGUUUUUUUUUAAAAAAAUAUUUUAUAUAAUAUUAUAUAAUAUACGACUGAUAAAUUAGUGAUAAUUAUAUUAUGUUGUUGGCUUUACUAUAUAAUGCCGCAGUAAUGGUGUAUGCUAUAUAUUGUAUAUUUAUAUUAUUGUUUCAUCGACAUUAUAUUAUUAUGUUGUUGUCGUUUUCAAGAGUCAUCCGAAUUCCGAUCUCAAUGUUUGAGUGAAACAAUAACUUCUACACAUAAUGAUUAAUGAGUAAUGACAAUAAUACGACCGUGCACGGUCAUAAUAAUAUAGUAAAAUAUAUAAUAAUUUCGUAAUAUUUUAUUCAAAAUUACACUUUAAUGUGUUUGAUGGUCAUACAGAUUAUUCGAAGUACGCGUGACCUGUGGUAGUAAUGUACAACCCAAGAACCGCGUAUUAUUCACUUUACAAUCUAUUGGCUAUAUAUAAUAGUAGUGGUACCUAAAUUAUAAAUAUUAUGAAAAAAACACAAACAAGACAACAUAAUUUUUGGUUGUUCUUAAGGUGGUAUUCUACUUUGAUUUAAGUUAAUAUUUUUUAUGAAUAAAUAUUAUUAUUAUGAUUUAAAAUAUUGAAGUAAAAGUUUAAGGGUCACUAAUUAUCCCUUUACUUUUCUUGGUGCAAAAUACUUACCUAACUACUCAAUAGACUUUUAUUACCUAUCCAUUUAUUAUUUUUAUGUUUAAUUGAUGGUAAAUAAUAUUAUAAAUCGAUUCUGAACGGACCCUUUUUUAUUUAGUGUUUCUGUAGUAGGUAUAAAUGUAUAAUAUAAUACUUACGAUAGUUAAAAAAAAAUCGUGACUAAUUAAAUUAUACUUAGUAAUAAACCAGCUUCUAUUAACAUUAUAAGUCAAUUGUAAACACAAACAUCAAAUUACAAAGUGUAUCGAUCCAAAUUAAAAAUAUGUACCUACCUAACGUUUAGCAGAUACUUAUAAAAUUUAACUAUCAAAUUUUCCGUUAUUUAAAUUUUAACUUUUAAGUAGGUACCUAUUAUAACUUAAUAUUCCUACCUAUAUAGUAUACAGAAUAUUAUAAAGGUUAAUAACAUUUAAUUCAUAAGUAUAACUGUAUAAUAGUAGGUAAUAUAUUGUUUAGAAUGAUUUGAUAGGUAGAUAGUAAACUUUAUUGUUUUAAAUGUAUAUAUAUUAUUUUCAAUUUCUCUCAAAACUAUUGAUAAUUUCUAUAAGCCCCUACUUAGAGUUUAGUAUAAAAAUCUAUUAAAAUACCAUUUAUGUUUUAUGUCUUGUCAGUAUUUUUGAAUCGACACGAGAAAAAAUAAUACAUUUUGUUUAAAUAUGUUUGGGAACUUUUUUACACCUCCUCAUAUUUACUACAAGGCACAAUCUGUAUAAACUACAUCAAAAAACCAAUGUUUAAGUUUUAAUUUUUGGAAUUCAAUCAAAAGAUAUAAAGUAUAACCUAGUAACAGAGUAACUUAACUUUUCAUGUAGGUCAUAUUAUAAUGUUAAUUUUUUUCAACUCAUAUUCUAACUGAAAAAACAUUUUACAGUAGUGUAUUUAAAAAAUGUAAUAAACUUUUUUGAAAUAAGUGUGUAUUAAAAUUGUAAAUAGAAGAGGUAGGUAGUAGGUACAUUCCAAAAAUCCCGUAUCAAAAAGAAUGUAUACUAUUAAGUUGGAAUUUUUUCAUAGAUUACUGUGGAAAAUCCGCAUUUAACUAUAUUGUUGUAUUGUUGUCCCACGGAGAUACUUGUAGGUUGAUACGGGACUUUAGGGACAUACUAUAUAGACUUUAGUUCGUUAAUUCAUGGUCACUGGUUGGGUAAAUUGUAAAUAUUGUUUUAAUUUAACGAAAACAAAAUAAUAUUAAAUCAUUUAAAUCUAUAAACUAUAUACUUUCUACCACUUCCUUCAUAGUUGUUUAACAGUAAUAAAAAUAACAAGUGGCAUGUUGCCAGAGGAGCUGAUGUCAUCGUAUGAAUGUAUCGUUGUAAUGAAUAGGAGAGGCGAAUGCGAACACGUACAGCAACACUAUAGUUAUAAACUUGGUAUAUGUUUAGUUUUUCUACAUUAUUUACGUUGAACAUUUUUUAAUAUCGUUGUUUUAAUAGCUAUUUUUUUUAUUUUUUUUUUGUAUGCGGUUUAAAAUUUAUUAAACUUAUAUAUUAUGUA